GGAGCGUAAGCACGUCAUCAUCGUCAGAGAGGGCUACCGGGUACACAGCAGCAUCUACGAAAGCGUCCAAAGGAUGCUCGUGUUUAAGCAUGCGGUGACCCAGACUGAAGCCUGAAUGUACAGUAGGUCUGCUGGCUGCAACAGCAGGGGAAUAGCUUAGAUGAAGGAUGAAGAGCCCGGUGCACAGAUGCAGGGAUGUGGAGCAUGGGCGUGGGCUAGCAGGGGCCGGGUCAGGGACCACCUGCAUACAGACCGAGCAGCGCAUUCCCAUCUCCAAAGACGUCAUCACGUCGUCCUCUGCCUCUGCCAUGUGGUUCAUCAGGGAUGCCUGCGGCAUCGUGUGUGCUGUCAUCACCUGGAUGCUGGUGUUUUAUGCAGAGUUUGUGGUGCUUUUUGUGAUGUUGCUGCCCUCCAAGAAUCUGACAUACAGCAUUGUGAAUGGGACCCUGUUCAACACUUUGGCCUUCCUCGCCUUUGCUUCACACCUUAGAGCAAUGUGCACUGACCCUGGAGCCGUGCCAAAAGGAAAUGCUACAAAGGAAUACAUUGAGAGCCUUCAGCUGAAACCAGGGCAGGUGGUCUACAAAUGUCCCAAGUGCUGCAGCAUCAAGCCUGACCGAGCACAUCACUGCAGUGUUUGCAAACGCUGCAUAAGGAAGAUGGACCACCACUGCCCCUGGGUAAAUAACUGUGUCGGGGAGAACAACCAAAAGUAUUUUGUGCUUUUCACAAUGUACAUUGCACUCAUCUCUCUCCAUUCUCUGGUCAUGGUGGUUUUCCAUUUCCUCAACUGCUUUGAAGACGAUUGGACAAAGUGCAGUACCUUCUCUCCUCCAGCUACAGUCAUCCUCCUCAUACUCCUGUGCUUUGAGGCUCUCCUCUUUCUCAUCUUCACUUCUGUGAUGUUCGGCACCCAAGUCCACUCCAUCUGUACCGACGAGACCGGCAUAGAGCAGUUGAAAAAGGAAGAGAGAAGAUGGGCUAAAAAAACUAAGUGGAUGAACAUGAGGGCGGUAUUUGGACACCCUUUCUCCUUUUUGUGGUUUAGUCCCUUCUCCACCCCUGACCAUGGGAAGGCUGAGACCUAUCAGUAUGUGGUGUGAGAGCUCAGCGCAGGGAGACGAGGCGGCUGUAUCAGAACCAGAGUGGGAAGCCCUGCUCAGACCCACAGAGCCGAGCUAUGGCGGUCUGUUGCUCCAAAUGCUGAACAUGAUUUAUCUCCCACGCUAGCUGUGGACCGCCUUCCAUCUGCUUUUUGUGUUGCCAACUAAGUGCGCUAUACGUUUAUUCUUGUGUUGCCUUGGGUGAGUUGAGUUGCAGAGAAAAAGAAAACACUUUUUAGUUUGUGAAUCCUGUUUUCAAAGACACUGUGAUGAAUCUGUUUUUUUUCUUUUUCUGAGCCGUUUCUAUUUCUGUUAUUGUAUCAGAAGCCUUCUCUUUUCCUGCUUGGUUUACUCUUUUCUCUGUUGAAGUUUCAAGUUCAGCUGAAUUCCACCAAAAGCCGUUUUUUUUCACUAAUAUACUGCAGUGUCCGGCCAUGAGGAUGGUUUUAGUUUGGGGUCGAGGUUCUGAGUCCACUGCAUUUUUUUUUCUUGAUUAAUUCAUCUAUAAAAUGUCAAAGACCAGUGCCACCAUGUUUUAAGAGCCUGAGUAAUCAAUCGAACAGGUUUUUGUUUAUAUAGGGCAAAAUCAAAGUAAAAGUUAGUCUAGACCAUACUCUUUUAAACACAACCAAUACAGACUUAUGACUAUAUGCCAGUAAUAAUGCUAAAACUAUGUAUAUAUGCAUUCAAAUAAAUUCCUUUAACCUUAAGGAUUAGCAUGAACACCCUAAAAAUCAAAACAUAAGAAUGACAAAUUAUAUAAAUUGUAGCAGUUGGAAUCAAGUAGAUCCACUUUGGUCCAAACAAUGUUCCGGAGCAACCUUUGGGACAAGGGAGCACAAGUUAGUAACACGCAUAAAUGGGAAGUUAAUGCAUAUCAAUAAAAAGAGAAAGAAGGGGGCCAGCCAUAACUAUAAGGUUUAGUCCAAAGGGAAUAUUUUAAGCCUACACAAAUAAUGACAUCAAAGCAAAUUAUUGGCAGUUUGAAUUUCCAUCCUAAAAUCAAGGUAACAUAAGGUACAAAAAUGUACAUACAGUAUUUCAAACCAAAACUUCUUUUACUAUAUGAUCUUUGGUUCGUCCCGAGUAACCCACACAUCGUCCUUUUUAGAUGUCAGUGUUUAAAACAUGAAAGCCAACCAAGAUCACAUUUAUAUCCAGUAGUUACUGUAAACAAAUCUAUCAGCAUGGCUACAUGACACCAAGAUGUAAGAUUUGAGUGAAAAAAAUGGGUUUCUGGGUAAUUUAGAUGAAUUGACCAUUUAAACUUCCUUCUUGUCACACAAAUGGAUGCUAAAAAUAUAACCUACAAAGCAAUGCAGAAGUGCCUUAAACCUGCAUUCUUUCUAAUGGCCAGUAGUGGGCGACUCCACUGAUUACUGAAAUUAUUUAGAACUCUGAAAAUAAUGAAACUGUAUACAUGGUUAACACUGGCUCCAAAAAACAAGAGGAUCACAUAAAAAUGUGAAUGUGACAUAUUAAUCCUGAGACUCCAAAACAUUACUUGGUGUGCUGAUAAGUGAUGACAAGGUGGGAGGUCCACUUAACUAUUCUAUGGUCUGACAGUACUCUGUAGGAGCUCCUGAUGUCGACUGUAACCCAGCACUUCCACCAGAUAUGUGUGCGUUGUGUGUCAGCUCCGCUCUGGUACGCUCCCUCAUUCGUCUACACCCACCGGUAAUGACAUAAGGUCAUUGUUCCCACUAAGGUCAUUGUUCCCAUUGUUCCCAGCCGUUAAUGGACAUAAAAAACAACCGUAAAAAUUGAGUGUUUUAUUCUGAAAGUAAACCGGAUGUUUUAAUGAUGUUUCUGUGUCUGACUUCCUGUCCUGCUCGAUCUGCUCUGUGGUAAUUAGAUGCGCCAUGCUCCGGCAUCCGGAAAAAGUAAAAGCUCUGCAUAUCUGUUGCAAAGGGGUUUGUACUGCCGGAGCUGGGACGGAGCUGAAACCAAGUGCAGCAAGGCCAGUGGAAGCACACACAUUGACUGAUGUCGAACACAUAUCUGGUGGAAUUUAGGAGCAAGAGGUUUUAAUCAGAUCCCCCUAAAAUGGAUUCGAUUAAUUUCGAUGUACUUUCUGGGUUCUAAAAUCUCUUUUCUGCAAAUUCUGCAAACAGGUCCUUUUGGGGCUAACUAUUUUAAAUGUUGCCAAAUACAGCUCAUAAAGGAACAGUUUUCCAGCAUAGCUGUGGAUAUUUGAUCAGUUGUGAUUGAUAAAUUAUUUUAUUAAACCAUGUUAGGAAAAAUGGUUAAAGAUUUACUAGUCAAAAUAAUAUCUUCCGAUACAAAUGUGAUAGCUACUUCCCAAUGUAAUACAAGUGCUCAAUUUUUUCAUCAUUAAGAAUCUGCAUCACAUGAAACUCAUUGGGAUCCUUUUACAAAGUAUCACUACUUGUAAUUCAAAAAGAAAAGUGGUCCCUUAACAGGGUGUCGUAUUUGAGCACCACAGCUGAAGUCUCCUUCUGGGGUUACUGCAAACGAGGUAAAGAAAGGGAGUUUAAGUGUUUAUUGACUUUAAUAACUACAGUACAGUUUGCACAACGGUGAGCGUCCUCCCUGAUUCCUCUCUGAUACAUGCUUGACACAAACAAAGCUUUUGUUGAAGAGUAGUGAUGUGGAUUUUUUUUCCUUAACUCAAACAAGGCAGUACGUUUUUGUUUGCUUAAAAUCUGUCCUAGGCCAUAGCAAGGUUGAAUUUUGAUUUUGGAUUCUGUUGUAUAGAGCAGAGUAGGUUAUAUUCUGGAAAAACUUCACCAACUACCAAGAUGCAUGGAGAGAGAAAGACUUGAAGAGGUCGAAAAGCUCCAGCAACACUUGUAUUAUGAAGAGCAACCGUAUUAGACCAAUCAAGUUAAUAAAGAUGAUCUUCAUACUACGAGUGUUGCUGGAGAUUUAUGACCUCUUGGAAAGUUUAAAGUAAUGCUUAAUGAGGACAAAUGGUUAUGGUCAGUCUAAAUCUCAGUCGCAGCUUGUCUGUCAGCAGUAAAACAUGAUCGUUAAAAUGAUGUGGAUAAGGUUACCAGACUGUCUAAAAGCACUCUAAAAGGCUCAACCUCCCUUUUUUGAUGAAAGGUUUGGCUGCCAACACAAUCACAAACACUCCUCGUUUGUGUUUUGUGCAUGAACAGUAGACGGUAAAAGAGCCUCUGUGCUUUAAACCCAUGCUGUGUUUCAAUGUUUUGCAUUUUGGAUUUAAUGACCCCCACAAUUACGUGACUAAUUUGGUAAGCUUUGAAAUGAAAAUCAUCAAAAAAGGGACUCUGGCUUUGCUUUAAUAUGGUACUUGCUGGUUAAAACCAAAUGGAUACAGAGAAGCACCAUAUGAAAUGUAAACCUGUACAGCGGGACAUUAGCUGGACUCUAUUUCUGGACUUUUGCAAUUCAUAUCAAAGAACAUAAUUUAGUAUUCCUGAGUAUUUAAAAGGUUCAUUUGCACUUUGUAUUUAUCAUUUAAGAUUUGUUCUGCUCUGUUCUAAUGUUUGCAUUUUAUUCUUCCUUUCUUUGUUUACAUAAUAUUGUAUGUAUCUUUGGUAUCUGAAUGCAUUGUACAGGUGAAGGCUAGUUUAGUAAUGUAUGUGAAUCCCUGCUGGUAUGAUGGUGCCAAGUCUUGCUGGUGAGAGUGGUGGAGAAAAGAUGAUUUGUUUUUUUACUGAAAUUUAAAUUCUUUCUAAAUAUUCUGAAGAUCUUUCAGCACAUGCGCAGAGAAUAAAUACUUCUCAGUUGCGAUGCAAAGAGUGUGUUUGCUUGCUUUUCUGACUGUAUGAAUGUCCUUCGAGUGAGGAGGGCAGUUUGCUUCCAAAUAAUAUGUUUGUGCCUCUGUUUUGAUCAAACGAUGUUAAACCAGAGGUUUCCACUUCUCCUGCAUUCAGUCCUCUCACACCCUGCAUUGUUGAACUUCCCCUCUGUCCUUGUCUUUCAUUCUGUCCCCACUGUACUGUCUGUAAUCUACCUCUUUCCCAUUCAAUGUUCUCUCCACACUCAUGCAUUUGCUUUGGUUGAUAACUUGCUCUGCCAAACGCUUUCUGAAGCAGACAACUCUUUGUAGACUUAAGGAGAGGUAAGCUGCAAUAAAGGUCACUAUGCUGUCCA